UGAUAUGGAAGAAGAAACCUUACAAACGUCGAUCCUUACAUAUAAACAACAGCUUCAGCAGGUAGAGACAGUACUGCUGAGUGCUGGCACUGAGGGCCAGGCAGAGUUGCUUAAACUCAGAGACGAUCUGCAGCAGGUUAUUCAGCUGACUGAAGAGAGUCUUCUGUCCCUCAAGAAGAGCAAGUUGCUGAGUUUUGUGGAUGGCUCAUCCUCAGUCGAAACCAGUAGCUCAUCUGUGAAAGAUAAGUCUCCACAACGAGAUGGAUACGUGCAGCAGGGGCACUCAUCAACUGCAAGUUCCUCCACAGACAAGUUUGAUGACGAAUAUGCUGCGUUUCAGGCAGCUAUUGCUGAUGAUGAUUAUGAUGACAGUACAGUCCUCCCAUCCCACUCAACCUCCUCCUUGAUCAGUGAGACAACCGGAGAGGAGGCAGCAGGUGCUGAUGAUGAGGAGGAGAGGGAGGAGGAUGAUAUAUCAGGCACCAAGUGCAGCGUAGAUCACAUGGAGGAGUGGGGCGGCAGGCAACGGCAGAAUGCAGUGGUGCUGUGUGUUGAGCCCAGGAACGAUGUCAAGGAAGAGGCAUCACUCAGGGUUCUGUUCUGCAAUCCUACCUCCAUGUCCAUGAAGCCCUGCCCUUACUUUCUAGAGGGAUCCUGCCGAUUCUCAGUCGAGGAUUGUAGGUUUUCCCAUGGAUAUAUCGUCAAGUUAUCAGAGUUGCAUUCCUUCAGAGAGCCGGACUUCGGUUUACUAGAGCUAGAAGCCCCAUGCCUGGCAAGAUACAGUGAUGGGGUCUGGUACCCUGCAUCCAUUCAACACAUCGACGAGGAGCAACACCAAGUCACAGUGCAAUACGAGUCGUAUGGUACCACGGCAACGCUUGACGUAGAAAGUGUUCUACCAUCAGAACAAAGGGCGGAGCCAUCACCACCCCUCUCAUCAUCCAGUGAAGACGAUAGCGACGAGGAUGACGAUGAUGAUGUCAGUCUCCCAUCUACCAGCUACUCAAGACCCGAUGAGCAGCAGGAGGAGUUUCCCUGUGUUGCCUGGCGACCGUCAGGAGACGGUGUCCCCCUGGGUGAAUGGGAGGCCCACACCAGGGGGAUAGGCUCCAAACUCAUGGCCAAGAUGGGUUAUGAAUUCGGGAAGGGUUUAGGCAGGUAUGGUGAGGGCAGAGUGGAACCAGUGGAAGCUGUUAUUGUUCCACAGGGUAAAUCAUUGGACAAAUGCAUGGAGCUGCGCGAGAUGAAGAAGCUCGGCAUUGUGGGUAAACCAAAGAAGAAGAAAGGCAAGGUCAAAGGUCACCAGCACAACCCAGGAGGGUCGUCUUUGUUGAACGGUGAACAGAGGAAGAAAGAGAACGUCUUCGACUUCAUCAACAGAAAGCUGGGCGGCAAGAAAACAAAAAUAACUGAGUUGAUUCACCGAAACAUGGACAGCAGAAGUUUUCUAGAAAAGGACACCACAAAAGAUACCCAGGAGGAGAAACCAAACAGGAAACUCAACAUACAGCUUGUCAGGACACAAGAGGACAUUCGGAGCACAGAGAAGCAGCUUGUGCGAUUACAGGAAUCUCUGCGGAGAAACCAGAGGGACAAGAUGACCGCAUCCAAGAUCCAGGAGAAGAUUGACGGGACGGAACGUAUACUACACAAUCUGAAAUCCUCAGAGAAGAAGAUAAAGAGACAGCGGAACAGCAGAGAGGAACACCGCAAACUCAUGGUCUUCUGAACGGGUGGCCACUGAAAACUCUCUGCGACUGCACGACUCAGCAGCUGGUGGCGUCAUCCAGUUUGUUAGUGUGGCAUCACUUAAAACCACAUCCACUGCCAAUAAGUAGUAUUGGAACUAUUGGAACGGGAAGCUAACGCAGCUUGAGUGCUUAUCCAACGGGGGCUAGUAAUCAGUGGUGCGCGCGUGUAUGACGUUUUUACUAACAGACUGGAUAGUCUAUGGAGUAUCUCCUUGCGAAGCAAGGGUCUAUGAUAUGCGAGCAGAUUUGGGCGAUUAAUUUUGUAAAACAAGACUGCGUCUUGACCUCGAGAUUCUGACCAUUCAGCGGGCGCCUUCUGUCGGGUCUUUGGUAACCCGUUGUUAUAUGUGACUUGAAGCUUUGCGUGGCGGAUAAGAUAAAGGAAUUUUUCACUCAAGCAACCUGUUCUUUUAAGAAUCACACUUCUUCCUAGAAGAGAUUACUUUCCACAUGGUGUUGCCGCAAUCUUUCUACUUUUAAGCCGUUGUUGUUUUACAAAAACACGGCAGCCAAAUUGACCAAUCAACAGCUUAGUCCACAUUUUUUAUCAAUAUGACGUCACAGUUUCUUAAAGUCGACUCUGAUUGGCUGGCGAUUGGAAUGUGUAGUUGAUACUGCAUUUUCAAUGUGUGUAGCAGGUAUCGUUACAUUGAACUUCUAGAUUGUGGUACCGGUAUGGGGUUAUCUCAUGGAAAAGGAAAAUUACUUUUGUAUCGAUGAAAAGUGUUCCAUACUCACGGAUGACUUGAUAUGGAUGCUUAUAAUUGGUAACAUUACGGUUGCUGAAAACCUUGACAGGGCUGAUUUUUUUUAAUGUCCACCUGUGAGUACACACAGACUUCAAAUAUAAGCCUUUGGCAAAUACAUCAGAAAAUACACCAAGAGAAAAAAGCUACAAAGGCUGAUGAUUGCUUUGUAAUAGCAUCAGGUUCUGUUUUAAUGUCAUUUGGUUUUGAGUUGUAAUAAAUAUUAUGCCUACAAGUUGCACAG